AUGGCCUCUCUCCAGUUCUAUAUACGCAAGCCGCAAUCCAUGCGGCUGUUCUCUCCCCCACAGGCUCGCAACUUGAGCCAACAAGAACGGUUCGAGGCUGUUCAUGCCGGCCUAGGGCUCCGUAGGCGGACCACCGCCCUCUUCAGAAAAGUGCGGUUUCGAAAAGGAGAGGAAGACCUCUUCUAUUCCUGUUGCAUUUGCUUCUCGUCUAAAUCAGACGAAAACUCCGAGGAAAACCGCUGCAACCUCGCAUCGAUAUGUGAUUGCAAGAUACUGCUGCACAUCGAAUGUGCGAAAGCGGCCGCAAGACAUGCGAAGGAGUCCGUCCUGGUACCAAAGUGCCCACAAUGUCGUUUAGCACGCCGCUGGGUCCAUAUCGACUGGUUGGUGAGCCGACACGAGCAAGCUGACAUCCGCAGACGACACCGCCUGCGACAGAAGCAGCGCAAAAAGACCAAUCUUGCCGCGAACGAGAAGGAGAAGGAGCGGAAGAAAGUCCAGCGCAGGCGGAGAAAUGCUGCAGAACGUGCAGGGAGGCUUAACAAAGCUGUAGAGGCAAAGGACAAACGGGCAGGAAUUUGA